UUUGGGUCCUCUGUCGUUGCCCCUUCGCGAGCGCAGGAAGGGCGGUCGGCUACCGGCAACCGCGGAACAACGCGAUACGCGUAAACCCCUCCCUUACCCCAACACAAGCAGCGAAACACUGCCGUCUCUUUCCGCGACAGACGCAGCAAAGAGGGGAAACCCCGACGCGGAAGAAAGCGAGGCGGACGGCGGCGCCGCGCCAUGGAUUACCACAACAAGCUGGUUCUCGCCCCCAUGGUCCGAGUGGGUACAUUAUCAUUUAGGUUACUUGCAGCAGGAUACGGUGCAGAUAUAACUUAUGGGGAGGAAAUUAUAGAUCACAAAAUGGUUAAAUGCGAACGACGCGUAAAUGAAUUUCUUGGCACAACUGAUUUUGUGGAGAAAGGAACCAGCAAUGUUGUCUUCAGAACUUGUCAUGAGGAGAGGAACAGGGUUGUGUUUCAGAUGGGCACGUCUGAUGCUGUGAGGGCUCUCACUGCUGCUCAAAUAGUGUGCAAAGAUGUGGCAGCAAUAGAUAUCAAUAUGGGCUGCCCCAAGUCUUUCUCCAUUAGCGGAGGAAUGGGUGCUGCACUACUCUCUAAACCAGAGCUUAUUCAUGACAUAUUGACAACCUUAAGAAGGAACUUGGAUACAACAGUAACAUGUAAGGUUCGCCUUCUUGCUUCAUCUCAAGCAACUGUGGAACUAGCACGCCGAAUCGAAAAGACUGGUGUUUCGGCUGUGGCUGUUCAUGGAAGAAGAGUGAAAGAUAGGCCAAGGGAUCCUGCAAAGUGGAAUGAGAUUGCAGAUGUUGUAGCAUCGUUAUCUAUACCUGUUAUAGCAAAUGGUGAUGUCUUUGAGUAUGAAGAUUUUGGUAGAAUGAAAAAUGCUACAGGGGCCUCAUCAAUUAUGGUAGCUAGAGGUGCACUUUGGAAUGCUUCAAUCUUCUCUGCUAAGGGCAAAUUGCCUUGGGAUGAUAUAAAGAGAGAGUAUGUCAGAAAGAGCAUUUUGUGGGACAAUGACAUCAAAAGUACAAAGCAAACUCUGAAGGAAAUGAUAAUGCAUCAUUCUUGCCUAGAACUUGCUGAAGGGAAAGCUGUGAUAAAAUCUGAGACUAUUGAGGAUUUGGCGAAACUCUAUGAUGAAGAGGACUAUUAUCAUUUUGUUACCUCGAGUAGGCCAUGAGUGGAUCGAAGAUUAUCAUUUGCAACACUUUGUGAUGACAUCACCUUGCCAUAAUUACAUUUCAGGUAAAAAUUUUGUCAUCGAGACCACUGACUAAUGACCAUUUUUUCCACAGAUGUUCUAAUGAGCUAAGAUUUGAUGUAAUACUGUUAAGAAAUUUAACAAGAUUUAGAUAUUAUAUUUUUUUUUGUUUUCCGUAUAGCUUUAGUUUUCAUUAUGAUUUAAUUCAUGCCUAUGAAGGCAAUUUUGUUAUCAGUAGAUUAAAUUCUCUAUCAGUAGAUGGUGUUUAUCCUAUGACAAAGAGAUUUGAUAUUGGUCUCGUUGUAGUCAUUCUAGACCAGAUUAUUUGGAAACUUAUUCAUGUAGUAAGCAUCUGUCUAGUGUGACUGGACAUGCUAGGGACCAAUCUGUGUAAAUUCCUUAGCUUCUGCCUAUUGUGUCUGGACAUGUGAUAGGCAAUUUAUCACGAGCUACCACAUGGGUUAGAUGAUGUUUGGCUUUUCUGUUUUCAAGUGGAUGAUGGAAGUAAUUGUGGUUGCACAUGUAAUUCUAUAGAUGAUGGUCUCUUUAGAGUACCACAUGAAUUACACGA